ACGUUGUGAUAAGACCUUUUACCUUUACCCAUGGAGAGCGCAGAGAUGCCUGCAGCCCUCCCUGACUGCGACGCCCGACACCUCGACGAAGUCACCUUUGUACAUGAGGAGCGCAGAGUUGCUUGCGGCCCUCUUUGACUCGGACACCGACACCUCGGUGCAUAGGAUCAAGAGCAAAGUUGCAGACGCAGACUGCGCGCGCUGGUUCGGCUGGAGCACACGGAGUCGUCGGGGACGCGCGUGGGAGAUCGGCCCUUGCCCCUGGCAUCACGGAUGUUUCCAGUCCUGUACAAGCAAAUUGGCAAACACUGCCGACGGCCUCAGCGUCCUGACGGGUGGGCUUGCGACAGCCGUUAAUCUCAACUUCAACCACUCUCAAGAUGAGGUUAUCCCCAAGAAAAUCGAGACGGAUGGCGCCAGAGUAAAUGACUUAUGCCCACCCAGGAAUAUAUAUGUCCAGCCGUCGAGGACGACGCCCGGUGCACCACGGUUCUUCCUCUGCUGGCAUGGCUGCCGCAGCAGCUCUGAUGUCCAAGCCCGCCACUAUAUGUGAGAGCACUUGCCACCUAUUCCGCUUCGGCAAUCAUCCAUAUCAUGAGACAACCUAGACACUCGGCCACCUUCGCUCUGCUGGCUGCUCUCGGGUCGAUCGUUGCUGGCGCUCUAUAUGGCGUUCAUUCUAUGCUUGAUGUUUUCAUUCUUGGAGGGUUUUUUAGCUUAUUGUGCUGCCAAGGAGUCGUGUGGUGGACUGGCAGGACCUAGUCAUGGACGCAGCCCGGGGCGAUUUCUCGAAAUC